AUCGACAGCGAAAGGCACUGUUCGUUUAUUAAGACUAGUGUCUCAAUCAUCCACGAGGAUGUUUCAACCGAAGACUCUACAGGAAAUGACCAUGCCGUUGUUCGUGGCAAACAUCAUUCUCGGUAUGGGAAUGUGGACCAUCAAACGAGGCAGAAUUUUGAAUAUUAUGUACUCAAUGAUCUGUCUGGUGGGCUAUUGCGUCUUGAUGAAGCUGUCGAUGGAAUACCUGGAUACCUACUAUCUACACAAAGUGCAUCGGCUCGGUAACUUGACGUUCCAAGCGAUUUUCUACGCUAACAUUUGCCUGACAUUAUGGCUCAUCCCUUGCGGCUGGUUGAGACGAAAGCACAUGAAAGCGGCAAUGAUGCGCAUCCUAAUGUGUGAGAAAACCAUGGAACAGAUGGGAUUGCAGAAGAAUUAUCGAAAAUUAUAUCUAGGUCAACUUUACGCUCUCAUGUUCGUUAUAGUGGCGUUCAUCUCGUUCGCGGUGAUCAAUUACGAUGGGAUGUUCACAGAAGAAACACCCAUGCAUAUCAGAAUCGUCAUCAUGCUUGCCGUAAAUUAUCCCGUUGCUUUACUCUAUGUGAGCGACGUAUCUUUUUUGCAUUGGGUUAGAUACGCGACGCUUCGAUUCGAGCAGCUGAACAAUCUGCUGCAACGCAUGUUAACGACCACACCAGAUUCACCACAGCACAAAAGGGUGCUUAAAAUGAAGGACGAGUGGAACAAGACCUUCACUGCAUCCGCGACGCAGCAGGAUCGUAAGACGAAGGAAAACACUGACACAAUGAGGGCCGUCAAACAAGUUCAUCUAGAAUUAAUCAAGUCCACCAGAAGUACGAAUGAAGCAUAUGGUAUACAGAUUCUUCUUUCCAUGACGAUAUCGUUCGUGUUUAUCACUAGUCUCUUGUACUACGCUUAUUCGAUUUUUUGGCUACCUCUUGACAAAGAGGUAUUUCGACGGGAGAUGAUACCAGUCGUUGGCUGGAUUCUGUUCUAUUCGUCAAAGGUCCUUGUUAUAAACCAUAUGUGCGCAGUAGCGAGCAUUGAGGCUGCAAACACGGGUGAUAUAAUUUGCGAACUAUACGAGCCGUCAACUAGCAAAGAAUUUCGCGCGGAGAUACGGGACUUUACUCUACAACUGAUACAGAACCCGUUAAUUUUCACAGCAUGCGGAUUUUUCAAUCUAGAUCACACGUUUAUUCAUGGGGUCAUUGGCUCGGUCACCACAUACCUUGUGAUUCUCAUUCAAGUUGGAGAUUUACCAACAGGGAAGACAUCCAAUUCCACAGAUUAUAUCAUAAAGUACAACAGUUCCAAUUUUACUACGUUUGAUACGUUUACAACUGACGUUUAUCUGUAAAAAUGAAUUUCGCACAUGUUGUUUUGC